AUGGUUGCAGAUCAAAAUCGUUUAAUCAAUGCUACUAGUGGAUGGCAAGAUCGAAUAGUACCAUUUGGUAAACGAGCUGAAAAUAAUAAAAUAGCUGGUUCAACACCAUUAACUGAUGCAACUAAAUAUAAUCAUCUUGAAUGUGUUAAAUGUUUAUUAGCGCAUCAUGCGAAUCCAAAUUAUCAAAAUUACUCGAGUAUAUCAGCAUUAAUACUUGCAGCUAAACUAGGUUAUUUUGAAUGUGUUAAAUUACUUGUACAAGCUGGAGCUGAUCUAAAAUUGUCAUCGAGUAACGAUGAAGCUAAUCGACAUGUUCAAAAUCAUUAUGGUGUUAGUGCUUUAUGCAUUCCAUCACAAAAAGGCAUAUUACGAGUUGUUGAAUUAUUAUUAAAUGGCGGUACUGAAACACAUGUUGCUCCAUUUGAUAGUCAAGCUGAUGAAUUAAAUAUAAUUGGUUUUUUAAUGUUGGGAAAUUACUUCUUAAAUGUGAUGCAGAUCUAA